GCUUCCUGCCUCAACCUCGUGCUUCUUUGCUCUCAGGGAGAUCCAGCUCCUUGCUCUGUGUCCCAGUAGACCAUGGCCUGGCCUAUGCGUGCCCUACUGCUGCUGCUGACUGCCUUGAUGGUGGUCCUGGCCAGGAGUGCCUCGGCCCAAUCUAGGAAGACCUCGUCAGGCGACAUCCAUGCUGCAGACCUCAAUGACAAGAGUGUGCAGUGCGUCCUGAACUUCACCAUCAGAGAGUAUAAUAAGGACAUCAGUAAGGAUGAGUACUACAGCCGUCCCCUGCAGGUGAUGGCUGCCUACCAGCAGGUCGUGGGUGGGGUGAACUACUACUUUAAUGUGAAGUUUGGUCGAACCACAUGCACCAAGUCCCAACCCAACUUGGACAACUGCCCCUUCAAUGACCAGCCAGAACUGAAAGAGGAAGAGUUCUGCUCUUUCCAGAUCAAUGAAGUUUCCCAGGAGAAUAAAAUUUCCAUUCUGAACUACAAGUGCCGGAAAGUCUAGGGGUCUGUGCAAGGCCAGCCACACUGACCACCUCCUACCCCCACCCCUGUAGUGCUCCCACCCCUGGACUGGUGGGCCCCGCCCUGGGGGAGAUCUUCUCAUGCGCCUGCACCAGGAGACAGAGAGAGAAGGCGACAGGAGGCCUUUGUUGCUCAGCAGGGAGCUCUGCCCUUGCUCCUUCCUUCUUGCUUCUCAUAGCCCCAGUGUGCAGUGCACACUCUCCCAACUCCUGCAAUUAAACAGUAGCAUCACCUCCCUCAGUUCUUGGCUGUCUGGGGACGUGCUCACAGGCAGGGUUUCUAAAGUUCCCUAUGAAGCCUUCUUGUCCUGCUGGUGUGGAGAUCAGAGGAGUAUCUAGGAAUUGACGUGGCCACAGUAAGGCUGUCAGGGAAGCAGGUGCUUUAGGAGACCUGAGUCUCAGAGCAGGGAGACAGCAGCCAGGUGCUGGGAACCCAGGCCUUCAACUGCAGCAGCCCCUGGUGAGGGGGUCAGGGAGAGCAGAGUGCCCAGGCUACUGGCCCCAGAAGCUGGGCUGCUGGUUUGGCCUGAGCUCCUGGUCAGACCAGGAGGAGGGGGCUGGUUGUGUCCACAGGCAGGGGCCAGGCCUUGGUGGAGCUCACCAGGCCGUAGAUUCCAUCUGUGCUUGCAGAGUUGAGCAGACUCCAGGGACUGAGUUUCUCUCAUCAAAUCCCCUAGACACUAAAUAGCGAACGAUGUCUGCUUCUUUCCACAAGAGACUUUAGGCCCCUAUACGGAAACAAAGUCCAAAAGUGUGUGUAUGUGUGUGUAACUGAUUGGGAGUAAUGCCAACCAGACCAAAGACAAGCAAGAUCACCCAGAGAAAGCAGCGCCUGCUGUCAUCCAUCCUGGGAGGGUGUGCCCCAAGCUGGGUGGUUUUGUCAAUUCACACCCACCAGCCCAUUCUCUGGACUUGAAGUUUUAAAAAGUCCUCAUGUCAAACUUAAUAUUAGGGUUAGAGAAGUUAAAACACAAAUGGGACUGGCAUGUAGUGGACUGUUUUCCAAGGAGGAUGUUUCAAUUAAUAAAAACAAUCUUAGUGUCAGCA